GCCACCACUUUCCAAAUUCUCCUCAUUUUCCUCUCCUACCAGAUCCAACUUGCGGCCCCGACCAGCUCCACCUUGCUUUCAGCGCCGGCCCACCAGAUCACAACCUCCGACCUCCUCCCUCGUCGGCGUGCCAAGCCCCGAUGACCAGUACUGCCAAGCAGGGGUUUGCCGCUGGAAACGGACUCCUCGUGCCGAUCCCUUCCGCCGGCCUCCACCCCCUCAUCUGCCUCCAGCCGUCCCCGUCGCCAAGCGCCGCCGACGACCUCCAUCUUCCUGCAUCGCGCCAUGUACUGCGCCCCUGCUUCCUCCGCUUCGAGGACGAGGCCCAGUGCUCAAGCCCGUGCUGCACCUCCGGGAACGAGCUCGACACCGUCCUCUGCUUCGCCUGCAUGAACCCCGCACUCGUCUUCUCGCCCGGACGGACGCCUCGCCGGACUCCUCCCGCGCCAAGCCUCACGCCGUCGACCUGCAGGACCGAGUCGCCGUCGUCCGUUGUCCCUGCAGCCUCCCCGCUCUCCUCGUCGGCGCAGGGAGAGGAGCUCCUCUCGAAGUCCAGCAACAGCGACCCCAGCGCAGGAGGACAGCCAUGGGAGCACAACUGCAACAGCGACCGCCAUGGAUUCCCUGUUUCCAAACCGCACCAAGUUCAUCGUCGUCGCGCCAAGUCCGUUUUCAGUCGCUGAGGAGCCACUCCUUCACCCGCCCCGCAAGCCUGCCUCCAGCGCCGCCUCCUUCCUUGGAUCCUCACCACCCCGUCGCCCUGCCUGCCUCCUCUGCUUCGCUCGAGCUGGGAGGACGAUGCACACUCCAGAUGCGUUGACCACGAACGCCCGAGCCAGCCUUCCGCUGUUGUGGACCAAAUCCUUGCCUCCAGAUCCGGCCCAGCUCGCGUCCAGCCUGUCCAUGAGGCCUGGUGAGCUUCAGUUCCAGCUCCCAUGAUGCUAUCGGGCCUACUAGUUUCGGCCAUAGUAUUUUUUUUCCUGCGCUGCGUUUUUAAUUUUUUAUUCCAGAGACUACAGUUUUGCAGAAAAGCCCUCCAACAUCAUGCAUAUUAUAUCACCAACCGUGCAUCAUAUUAAAAUAAGUUAUAUAUAUAUAUAAUGCUUAGAAUUAUGUGUAGAUUAAUAAUAUGCCACUUUCUUGCCAUGUUAAAA